UUUGUUUAUAGGUACAGUGGCCUCGGAGAAAUUGAUUCAAGUUCAGCGUUUUUAAACCGUGCCUACUUCGUAUACAAAAUAUGGAUGCUGAUAGCUAUGUACAUCUUCGCAAUCACUCUGUUCCUGGAUAUUUAUGUGAACCGGGACAACUUACCGAUCAGCACCGACAAUGGCUGUAUUUUUGCAGGAAUUUUCGUUGUUAUAUAUAAGGCGAUGAAUUUGCAAUUUCGUCAAAAAAGAAUAACCAGGCUAUUGGACGAAGCGUUAAAAUGUACCGACGAUCUCUGCGAAUUUUCCGAAGUCGAAUAUAUCAAGGAAAUUAUCGGAAAGUAUCAAGUACAAAGCAAAAUGAUAUUUUAUGGGUUUACCGCGUUAGGAUCUAUAUUAGGAACCGCUCUGUUAUUUUUCUCACCGAUGGAGGACGGUUUGUUGAUCAGAGCAAAGUAUCCUUUCAAUACUACGAUAUCACCUUGGCACGAGAUAAGUUUGGCUAUAGAAACGUGCGCUGUUUUCGGCGGUUUAUUGGGAAUAAUUGGAAUAGACAGUUUUGUAGUUAUGAUCUGCACCUUGCUUACUGUAUUAUUCGAUAUGUUGAAUGUAAAUUUUGAAAAUUGUGGGAUCGAAACGAAAGAGCAUGUAUGCGGGUUAAUUUUCAUUUAUAACGUGUCAAAUCUUCAUUGUAUCGUGAACUUGUCUUUACAGACGGUUGAGAUUUAUGACGAACGCAUUCACGCGAAUAUUCGUUUCAAUAGAAAGAAACUGAACAAUAGAUUUCUCUACCGGUAUAAGACGUGCUUUCAAUUUUAUCAGCGGUUAGUGUGUAUGACCAACGAUUACAACAAACUUUUCAGCUUGAGUAUGUUCAUUCAGAUGCUUUCGAGUACUUCGAUUAUUUGCCUGAGUGGUUUCCAGGCUGUCGUGGUCGGAGGGCAAAGCUCAGACGUCAUGAAGUUCGGGAUUUAUCUGAGCGCAGCCAUAUCUCAGCUCUUGUACAUCUGUUGGAUUGGAAACGAGCUGAACUAUGCGACUUGGACGCUUGACAGAAGCCAGUGGCUCUCAGGCUGGAAUAACGAACGUUUAACCAAUAUCGUGAAAAUGUUCACGUUAUCCACGAUGUUCACCAGACGAUCGAUAACUUUAAAAGCCAGUGUAUUUUACGUGUUGUCUCUGGAAACUUUUAUCACGAUCAUAAGAAGAUCUUAUUCAAUUUAUACUUUAUUGAACAACAUGCAAGUAACGGAUCAUUAACUCUGUAAUUCUAUGUUUACCACAAUCUGUAUGGCGAUUUUUUAAACAAUAAGGUUACGGAUAUAAAGACGAGGUAUGUAUCAUAUUGUGCGAUCUUGCUUGGAUAAAAACAAUAUACGAGACUGACCUGAUACGUCGGUGUACCUGUGUGGUUAAA